GCGCUGCUGCUAUUGGACUUUUGUCUUGAGGCCAUUCUACUUGAUCACAUGAAGUCUAAUCUUCUACUUACUAUCUUUUUUCCUUUUUUUUGCAUCUCACCAGAUAUUAAUAAUCCAUGUGGGAUGUUCCCACUAGUUGUUCUUGGAUUUUGUCUUAUCUGAUCUACUAUCUUGGUUACACACAAUCUUGGUACUAAAUUUCAGUAGUAAAUCUCUUUUUAACUCUUUAUUGGUCCUGAUCUGACAUUUUCUUGUGGAAUUAUUGGUAUGGCUAAGAUUGAUUUUUGAUUUCUUGAGUAUUAGUACUGGUUUUCUUUACUUGGGGUUUGACAAAAUAUGAUUUUUCACUAAGUUUGAUGGUUUUCUUGGGAAUAUGAUGAGAAAUUGGAGUGAAUUUUGAGCAAAGAUUGGAUUUUUAUGAUAUUAUGAGAUUUGAGGUGAAGACCUGAAGUGAAGAUAUUUGUGGGGGAUUGUUUGGAUUUGUCCAAUUUUUUGAGAAUCUUGAUUUCUUGAGUAUUAGUAUUGGUUGGCUUUAGUUGGGGUUUGACAAAAUAUGAUUUUUCACCAAGUAUGCUAGUUUUCUUGGGAAUAUGAUGAAAAAUUGGACUGAAUUUUGAGCAAAGUUUGGGUUUUUUAUGAUAUUUUGAGAUUUGGGUUUAAGAGCUAAAGUGAAGAUAUUUCUUGGGUAUUGUUUGGAUUUGUCCAAUUUUGUGGGAUCUGUGAAAACUGACUAGUUAGAAAUGGAGAGCAAUUCCAAGACAAUUGUGUGGUUUAGGAGGGAUUUGAGGAUUCAGGAUAAUCCAGCUUUAGCUGCUGCUGCUAGAAAUGGAAGUGUUUUACCGGUGUUUAUUUGGUGUCCUAAGGAAGAAGGGCAAUUUUAUCCCGGUAGAGUUUCAAGAUGGUGGUUGAAGCAAUCUCUUAUUCACUUGAAACAGUCUUUGAAAUCUCUUGGGGCUGAACUUGUGCUGAUCAAAGCUCAGAGUACACUUUCUGCUCUCACGGAGUGUGUCGAUGCUGUUGGAGCAACAAAAGUUGUGUAUAAUCAUCUAUAUGAUCCUGUUUCACUUGUUCGUGACCACAAUAUCAAGCAAAAACUGGGGGAACUUGGCAUAUCUGUUCAGAGCUACAGCGGGGACUUACUGAAUGAGCCAUGGGAAGUUUACGAUGAUGAUGGAAAAGUUUUUACAACUUUUGAUGCAUACUGGGAGAAGUCUUUGCGUAUCCAAAACGAACCUGUUUCACACCUUCCUCCUUGGAGAUUAACUCAAGCUGCUGGAUCAGUUAAAAUGUGUUCAAUUGAGGAAUUGGGAUUGGAAAACGAGUCAGAAAAAUCUAGUAAUGCAUUACUAGGGAAAGGAUGGGCACCAGGUUGGAGCAAUGCAGACAAGGCCUUAACCGAAUUUGUAGAGAACAAUCUACUUGCAUACUCAAAGGAUAGGCUAAGAGUCGGGGGAAACUCUACAUCCCUUUUGUCACCUUAUCUUCACUUCGGAGAAGUAAGUGUGAGGAAAGUUUUCAACAGUGUGCUCUUGAAGCAGAUACUUUGGACCAAAGAGGGGAACUCUGUUGGAAAAGAGAGUGCUAGUAUUUACCUUAGAGCUAUUGGACUUCGAGAGUAUUCUCGCUAUAUCUGUUUUAAUUUCCCAUUUACUCAUCAAAGAUCGUUACUGAACAACCUGAGGUUUUUCCCUUGGAAUGCUGAUCAAGCCCUUUUUAAGGCUUGGCGACAGGGUCGGACUGGUUACCCAUUAGUAGAUGCAGGAAUGAGAGAGCUUUGGGCAACUGGAUGGGUUCACAAUAAAAUAAGAGUGAUUGUGUCGAGUUUCUUUGUCAAGUUUUUACUUUUGCCAUGGCAAUGGGGGAUGAAGUACUUCUGGGAUACACUCUUGGACGCGGAUUUAGAAAGUGAUAUUAUUGGUUGGCAAUAUAUUUCUGGUAGCUUGCCAGAUGGUCAUGAACUUGAGCGCCUCGAUAACCCAGAGGUUCAAGGGUUCAAUUAUGAUCCAGAGGGUGAAUAUGUCAGGCAUUGGCUACCUGAGCUAGCAAGAAUGCCAGCUGAGUGGAUACAUCAUCCUUGGGAUGCACCACUUAAUGUUCUCAAAGCUGCAGGGGUGGAACUCGGAAUGAAUUAUCCGAACCCCAUAAUUGAUGUAGAUGUUGCGAGGGAUCGUCUAAUGCAAGCUAUAUUUGUCAUGCGAGAAAAAGAAGCAGCUGUAAAUGCCUCAGAUGCAAAUGGAACCAUUGAAGUUGUUUUUGAUAACUCUGAAAAUGUUGGAGAUUCAGCCAAUAUUCCAAAGGACGACGUUGUAAAGAGAAAGGUGCCUUGCCCGAGUAGUUCAUCUUAUGAUCAGAGAGUGCCUUCAAUGCAACAUGGGUGCACUUAUAAAAAAAGACCAAAGCCCGAAGAAGAAACAAAGAAGCCCAAAGAUAACAGGCUUAGCUACAAGGAAGAAAGGAAAAUGUCAAACGUGGACGGUGACUUGUGCUCUACUGCAGAAUCCUCUUCUAUGAAAAAGCAGAUGACCGUCAGCAGAAAUUCAUUUUCUGUACCUCGAACAAUUACCAUGUCUCACGACAUAAAAUCCUUUGAGGACGAAGCAUCAUCACACGUGAAGCUGCAAAAGGAAGAAGAGAUUGAUACGGAAAUCAAUCCGUGCAAAAAUGGAGCUACAACGUGAUGAUUCCCUCACCAUCUCCAAACAUCUGUCUCUUUCGAAAAUGUUCAAUAGGAGACAGAUAGUCCAAUCAGCAUACGCAGUGGAAUGGCGAUGUUCUGUUAAAAAUGUCUUGUAUAUAUAACUACCUCUUAAUCGUAGCAAGGUUGUAGUUUGUUUGACAUAGUAUGUGAUAGAACUCAUCCUGAAGCAGCUCAGAUUCAUGGUUGGAUCUCUGCUUUUUUCAGUUACAAUAUAUAUAUAGACUAUUCAUAUGUAAUCUUGAAUAUGGAAUUUCUCUUGUAUUUUCAUAUUACAAUAAAAGAUGAAAGAGGUCAUCUAGUUUUGAGAAAUGAUAACACAUCCUACUUUGGGUAUGAA